AUGACGCUCAAAGACCUGUUGAAAAAGAAGGACAAGAUCAGGGACGAAGGCGCUCCGACGUCACCCACAGGACCCACGCUGUCUCCCGAUAUUCCAGAGUUCCACUUCUUUCGAACCACGACUUCGACCCAAGAGUCAAUCGAGCCGCCUAGCUUCCCCGGCGAUCCUACGCGCGAGGCACCCCUUUUGUCGCCCGCACCACGAGGUGCCUUUGGCAGGUUCAGAAGCCGGAGUAGCACCUCGGCUCAGGGUGGCGGCAUAGCGGAGCGGUUACACUUUGGUCGAAGCAGGUCUGGCAGCUCCGUCAACGUACCAGACAACCUUCCGGAAGUGGGAGGAGACGGUGUCGCACGGACAGAGGACGACGAGGCAAAGUGGGAGAAGAGGGCGACCGUCUUGGUUACAGCAACUCUGCAGCAUAGCAGUCAGCCCAGUACGCCGCACUAUGAGCCCACGAGUCCAAUGUCGCCAGGAGCCAGGAGCGCUACGAGCACAGGUGCUCCUGGGGACGAGAUGCACCAAGAUCUCGAGGCUUCAACAGCAUUGUUUGGAAGACUUGCAGAGCCGACGGGCGCAAACAAUGCUCUGGCCCAAGUGCUCUACGGUCUCGCAUUACGUCACGGUUGGGGAUGUGAGCCAAACCAAGAACAAGCCGUCCAGUACCUAUCCAUGGCGGCGUCCAACAGUGCUGAGGUGGAAAAGUUGGCCCUCGGUGCAGGCAUGAAAAAGGGCGGUGCGGCCAAAGGCGAGCUUGUGCUGGCCAUGUAUGAGCUGGCCAACUGUUUCCGAAAUGGCUGGGGCAUCAAGAAGGAUCCCGCGGCCGCGAAGCAAUAUUACGAGACUGCUGCUAAUUUGGGUGAUACCGAUGCGAUGAAUGAGGUAGCGUGGUGCUAUAUCGAAGGCUUCGGGACUAAAAAGGACAAGUUCAAAGCGGCUCAGUUUCUGCGCCUCGCGGAGACCAAGGGCAACAAGACGUUAGGCAAUACCUGUCCGUUGAUGGGGCUACACGUGGCGUCUCGUUGCUGGCUUCGGUUCCAGUGCAAGAGUAAGCGGGACGAUGGGAGGGUGUAG